AGUUAAGAUCACUGCUCUUAUCCACAUGGAGCCGACAGCCUUUGCUAGUUUCUUCGUCAUAAUCGUGAUAACGGUUGUAGUCGCUGACAAACAGUGUGAUGUACGUAUUAGUGAGCUGCAAAAUCUUCAACAGGCCCUCAAAAGCAUUGAACAAACAAUUUAUACCAAAGUGGAUGAACGACACGACGAUUCCGAGUGCCGAAAAGCACUUAAGCAAGUCAACAUGCGACUGAAGCUUUUGUCGCAACGUUACAAACUUAUGAACAAAGGAUAUGUGGCUGAGAAGGAGCAACAAGCGAUGGUUGAAGAUUAUAAGAAGCAACUAGGCGUCCUGCAGACUGAAAUGGCAAAGCUUCAAAGUCAACUAGAUAGCGAAAACAGUGGAAUGGUUGAAAGUUUGAAGGGAGUUCUUGAUCAACUAACCAAUGAAGCGACUACGCUAAGGUCCAAACUAUCAUCAAUCCAACUGAAGCUUGACGCUGCUAAAAAAGAACUAUGCAUCAGUUACUUGACCAGCAAAAAUCUGGAUAAAGCUAUCCAUCACAUGCUGUCAAUGAAGUCCCGUCAUCUGAUGGACAUGAUCCAACUGAAGUACGACGAACGAAAAACCUCAAACAUCAUUACCCUGAUCCUGUUCAUCGAUGCCUAUCCGGAUCUGGAUGAUCGGGCUGAAGCAUUUUUGCGACUGCUCAACGAAAUAAUCCUGGAUCCGAACAUUGGCGAUACGGAUUUUGUGCUUCUGGAGAGCAAAGUUCUCCGAAUGUUAGACUCUGUCAAAAAUGGAUCUCCAAUCACUGACGAAAAAGCCAAACAGUUAAACGAAAAGUUAAGAUUCUUCACUUCAUUGUCAUACAACUCUUUCCAAACGUGGGCCAACAAUCUGACUACCGGAAUUCCUUCCGAGUUGAAAAUUCAUUUUGAAAUGCUUCACCCAAAACAGGUCCUUCAUUUAGAAACCAUCAUCCACUACAGAUUCCUGGAGGAAAAUGAUAGUUUGGUUAAUUUCGACCGAAUGAGAAAUUUCAUCGAGCUUUUAGGAAUGAGCCACGGUAUCAACAAAUACAAGGGAGCGGAAUUUUUGCUGGCACGUAAAAUUUCUUACACAUUAAUGUCGAUUAUGUCGAUCGCCAUGGACGACAGUUUUCCAACGCCAGCAGACACUACAAAAGCUAUACUGUCUAAACUUCCAAAGAGUAUUCAAAACGUAGCAAAAUGUACAAAUGCGGUGGAAAUUGUUCAGGAAAAUAGCGGGCGAUGCAUUCAAAUCACCAAUUUGAAAACGCCACAAUUCAAAGAUCCCGCCAACACGAAUCAUAUUGGUCAUUUCGAUAGAACUGUCGUCACUUCUCAACUGGCCGCUUGUACUGUGUUUCAAAUCAUUCCAACUCCUGACAAAAAAUUCUUUGAAUUGACAACCACGGACGGUAUCAAACUUUCAGCAAUUGAUUCAUUUACACCGGGAAUUGUUUCCUACACAAGCUAUGUGGGAGUCAUCCAGAAACCCUUUCCGGGGCAUAAAUCCCAAAUCGAUUCCGGAUGGUUGAUCGAGCCCAAUUAUGCCAAUGAAACGGUAAAAGUGACCUCCGAGUUCAAUUUGUAUCGACACCAACGGACGAGGGACUACCUUAUUUCGGAAAAUAUCGAAAGCUCUCCGACGGUUGUGCUGCAACGAUACGGAUAUUCUCAACUUGUUCACGAGAAUCGAGUGAGUCUAUCCGAUUGGAUUUUAAGGUGCUCUAAUAAGACAUAAGCAGAUUUCUUCACAUUGUUUCAAAAUAGAUGCAUACUUAAGGUUGCCGAAAUAUUUUCAUCACCUAUCCGGGCCGGACCAUGUAGGGAAAUUUUAUUGUAAAAAAUCGAGCAAAAUCCGGGCAAAAUUGGUGACCAAAAAUGGUUUCGAUCAGUAAAUGACAGAUCAUUUAAUCAAUGUUUUUAUCGAUACUGGUCGAACCAAUGUUCAAAUUAAAAUUUAAUAAAAAAAAAUAUGUGUAAAG